ACAGCGUUAUCAAGCAUUGUGCCAAGGCGUCAUGAGGUGAAGAAUAGGCUACUUUGUUUUCAUUCAUCUACCGACCGGACCGAUUAGUCAUCGCAUUGUUUCCGCAGACCAUGCUUUUUGUGCCUUGUUUAUCAAAAAACCAGCGUCGGUAUUUUCUGUUUAGUUUUCUUAUCUGAUACAUUUUAAAAGUUGAACCACUGAAAGUAGUGCACUGAAAUGUCUAAGAAACGUGCGUUAAUUGUGCUAAACUACGACAGUGACGAGGAGAUCCUCGAAGACGUUCGGCGUGAUCCUCACAAUUCUGAACGUAGUAAGGAGCCUGCUGAAUCAAGCAUUCUAAACAAUGACAGCGAUGAGGAGGAUGUGCCUACAUUCAGCACGAACCGACAGCCAAAGGAAGCUUCGCAGUACGAGAGCCUGGAUUAUGAUGUGUGUGAAAACGAACUAUGGAAGCGCGAUCAGAUCAAGAUCGCACCGAAGUUCACCGUGCGGAAGGACUUUGCACGCUGGGUCAUAUCGCUGCAGAUUGGUGUCUGUACGGCGCUGGUCGCAUGCUGCAUAAACAUUGUGAUCGAGGAGCUAUCCCGGCUGAAGUAUGGGUUUCUCAAGCACCAGGUCGAUGUGAAUGUGAUCCACGGGGAUCUCAGUAUACCGUACCUGUACUGGGCCCUGACGAAUGUCGUACCGGUCGUGAUCGGUGCUACACUCGUGGCGUACGUAGAGCCAGUGGCCGCCGGUAGUGGUAUCCCGCAGGUGAAAUGCUACCUGAACGGUGUGAAGGUGCCGCGUAUCGUGCGCAUCAAGACGCUCGCCGUUAAGGCGGUCGGUGUCGUAACGUCCGUCGUUGGUGGGCUGGCCGGUGGUAAGGAGGGACCGAUGAUACACAGUGGCGCCGUGAUUGCGGCCGGUAUCUCGCAAGGAAAGAGCACCACGUUUCGACGCGAUUUUAAAGUGCUGCGACACUUCCGGGAUGAUCACGAAAAGCGGGACUUUGUCGUAGGGGGAGCGGCAGCCGGUGUAGCGGCGGCCUUCGGUGCCCCGAUCGGAGGAACACUGUUUUCACUCGAAGAAGCGGCCAGCUUCUGGAACCAGAGUCUCAUUUGGCGCACGUUCUUUGCGUCAAUCAUCAGCUCGUUUACGCUCAACCUUAUCCUGUCGGCGUACCACGGGCUCAGCAGCUUCCGGUACCGGGGUUUGUUCAAUUUAGGUGAAUUCGCCCCGCUCCCGUUUGACUACUUCGAGCUACCGAUCUUCAUGCUGAUGGGUGUGAUCGGUGGUUGUAGCGGCGCACUUUGGAACGCCGUCAACAGUCGUCUGAAUAUGUUCCGAGCGCACGCUAUCCGACCACGGUGGGCGAAGGUACUGGAAGCGGCUUUCGUGGCCGUGAUUGGGGCAACGUUUGCCUGUCUGAUGGCGUACACCAUCAACGAUUGCCGGCCCUUGGGCAACGAUCCGACCGAACAUCCGGUGCAGCUGUUUUGCCAGGACAACGAGUACAAUGCGGCCGCUGCACUGUGGUUCCAGACGCCGGAGGCGACAGUAAAGGCCCUCUUCCACGAUCCACCCGGUUCGCACAAGAUACUUACGUUGGCCGUCUUUGUCGCCAUAUACUAUCCAUUGUCCUGCGUAACGUACGGGUUGAGCGUUUCGCUUGGCAUUUUCAUUCCAACGCUCCUGAUCGGAGCGGCCUGGGGUCGGUUGACGGGAACGCUGAUGGUGCUGAGUUUCCCUGCAUCGAGUGCUUUCGUAACCCCCGGUAAGUAUGCUCUGAUCGGUGCCGCUGCGCAGCUCGGUGGCGUCGUGCGCAUGACACUCAGUCUGAGCGUUAUCUUGCUGGAAACGACCGGCAACAUUGCCUUUAUCUUGCCGAUCAUAUUGACGCUGAUGGCGGCCAAGUGGUCCGGGGAUUACUUCAACGAGGGCAUCUACGAUACGCAGAUCCGCACGUCGCGCGUGCCGAUGCUCCCGUGGCACUUGGAGCCCGAAUAUCAGCGCCAAUCCGCACGCGCCCUCAUGGCAACGCCCGUCGUGUGUGUGCGGCUUGAGGAGAAGGUUCAGUAUUUGUUGCAUAUACUGAAAAACACCACACACAAUGGCUUUCCCGUCAUCGAGGAUGGUGACGAUGUGAGUAAUGGUCGGCUGAUAGGGCUGAUCUUGCGCUCGCAACUUGUUGUGAUACUCAAACGGAGCUACUACCAAGAAACGAGCCACUUCUGGGAAUCGACCGUCACUAUAGAGGCAUUCCGGGACGAAUACCCACGCUAUCCGGCCGUUGACGUACGUCUCCUUGAGGACAAAUGUAGUGGCGAUUUCUCCGUCAAUAUGAGCAUGUUCAUGAACCGCUCGCCGUACAGCGUCGAGGAGGGCACAUCCGCGCCACGGCUGUUUCAGCUAUUCCGUGCCCUCGGCCUGCGCCACCUGAUGGUGGUGUCACCGGAAAACCGUGUUCGUGGUAUCAUAACGCGGAAGGAUUUCCUCUUCGCUCAUUAACCCGGCAAAGGCAACCGUCUCAUUUUAUUCUCUCUGAUUUUGUUUUUAAGUUA